AUGGCGCUUGCUCCUGGCCUCAGAUGUACUCCUAUCCUUCGUAGCCGCCUUCCAAGACAUAGUCCAUCGGCGCGACAGACAUGGCAUUGCUCGCACACACAACACUUGUGCUUGUCACGAUUUGCGCACUCAAAAACACAGUCACUAGCUCAAACGCCUUCAACCAAAACAUGGGUUGAUCGCCUGUCACCGACAAUUCGACCAUACCUGUACCUCACGCGUAUAGACAAGCCCAUCGGGACUUUGCUUCUCUUCUAUCCUUGUGCCUGGUCAAUUACAAUGGCCUCAUAUGCGCUAGAUGCGCCGCCGACUGUCCCACUCACGUACCUUAGUCUAUUCGGACUCGGUGCCCUCGUCAUGCGCGGUGCAGGAUGCACAAUCAACGAUAUGUGGGAUCGAAAGCUCGACAAGGCUGUCGAGCGUACCAAGACGCGACCACUGGCUCGCGGUGAUAUCACACCCAAACAAGCGUUUGUGUUUCUGGGCUUGCAGCUCACCGCGGGCCUAGGCGUCCUGACACAGCUCAACCUGUACAGCAUUGUCUUGGGCGCAUGCUCUCUCUCCGUAGUGACGCUAUACCCAUUCAUGAAGCGCAUCACACACUGGCCCCAGGCCGUCCUUGGCCUCGCCUUCAACUGGGGCGCGCUUCUCGGCUGGUCCGCGGUGGCGGGCACCGUGAACUGGCCCGUCGCACUCCCGCUCUACGCCGGCGGGGUGCUCUGGACGCUCGUCUAUGACAGCAUCUACGCGCACCAAGACAAGGCCGACGAUGUCCACGCCGGGAUCCGUUCCACCGCGCUCUUGUUCGGCGAUCGCACACGCCCCAUCCUCGCUGCCUUUUCCGCGUCCUCGAUGUCCCUCAUCACGUAUGCUGGGUAUCUCGUUGGCCACGGCGCCCCAUUCUUCGUCGGUACAGGGCUUGCGGCCGUGCAGCUUGCCCGCGUACUGAAACUGACACGGUUUGACGAUCGCGCGAGCUGCUGGAAGGGAUUCGUGGGAUGCGGGUGGUCUGGUUUCUGGAUUUGGAUGGGUGCAUUGGGAGAUUAUGCUCUACUGCAGUUCGGAGCCGGUCUUUUUUGA